GUGGUAAUGUGGACACUAUUUGUAUGUUUUUGUGUUAAUUUAAUAACAAAUAUUGAGUUAAAAAAUUAAUUUAAAAAAUCUCCUAUUUUCGCGGGCUUAUUUUAAAAUAAAAUUUAACGUUACGUCAUUUAAUGGCAGCCGUGUGCUAGUUGCCAGUGUCAGUGUCUGGAUCAGUGAUAUAUAUUUAUGUGUAAUAAUGAAUUCUAGCUCGAGUGUGAUGACAAUUAACACGUAGUCUAAGUAAAUAAUAAAAUACAAGACAUAUGUGAGCUCGGGAGUUAUUACAAUUAUUCGACGAUGCUGAUUAUUUAUUUAUUUUUCGGCUUGAGGAUUUUUAGUGACAAGUGUCUUACGGUGUGACGUUGACAGGUGGGAUCUGUCAUCAAAAAAUUAAAUAAUAAUAAUAAUAGUUAUUAUUAAUUGAAGGAUAAUUGAUAGCUGGUAAAAUGUUUGCCAGUUUGAAAAAUAAAAUAGGAAAAGAAAUAGGCAAUGAUGUUACUGCUGUUGUCAGGCAUGCUGGAUCUGUAAGGGGAAUUAAUUCAAGACAUGUAUCACAGACCGGGUCAUCAAGCAGCGUAAGCGGGUCGCAAUUGUCGUUGGACGAAUCUCAGGACAGCAACGUGGUGUCAUCACCGGCAAUAAAUCUAAAACGUGAAAACAGUUUCGAGUUUAAGUUAAAUGAUGGAACAGAGCUGUCGGCUAAGGACAUCAAAAGACUGGAGAUCAGAGAGGACGAGUGGCGAAAGAGGCUGGCGAAAAAAGAGCUUGAGUACCAGAAGAAACUUGACAAGAAGGACGAGGAGUGGAAGAUAAAGAUGUUUGAGAGAGAGAAGGAGUGGAAGAAGGCCGUGGAGAAGCUCGAGAAGGACAAGCAGAAGCUGGAUGACGGGAGACUUAAGGCGGAGAGCGCAAAGCUGCUGUUGGAAGCCGCGCUCAGGGACGCGGAAGAGUAUAAAAAAAAGUUGUACAGCUUUCAAGAGGACGCGGAGCAGUUGGAGGGGUUCCAGACUCAAGAGAUGGCUAAAAUUAAACACUUGCUGCUGGCCAAGGAGCAAGAGGUUGAAGAAAAAUCACACAAUUUGAAAUCUGCGCUGGCGGAGAUUGAUAGUCUCAAGACGGAGUUGACGAGACUGAGACGUUACGAACAAGAAUUAAAUGACAUACAGGACAAAAUGGAGUCUCUCCGUCACAGCACGCAGCGGGAAAAGUCGCAACUGACCGGUGAUCUGGAGCACACUAAGGAAGAAGUCCGUCAUCUAUUGACAAAAGUAUCAGUACUCGAACAGCGAUUGGCAUUGGAGUCAAACGAUCAGUUGACAGUCGAUGACAGAAUAGCCGAUUUGAUGCGCGAGCGUACCCUGCUAGAACGUAAACUAGAGGAAACGCAUUUGCAUUUGUCGGAUAUUAAAACCAGUUGGUCGAGUACGAUAUCAAACCUCGAGACCCAAGUAGGUCGACUUAGCAGGCAGGCUGGGGAAGAGGGUCUUGAGAGACGACGUGUCGAGGAGGAGAACGAUAAAUUGAAGCACCGGGUCAAGCAACUCGAGGAGGAAAUUGAGGUGAACAAUGUUGUCAUGGCAACUAAAGACGCUAAAUUAUUACGCAUGGCUGAAAGCAUCGACGAGAUGGCCACGGAACUUAAAGAACUCCGGGCCAGCGUUGAUGACGAGGUCGAAGAGUUUAAGCGACAAAUUAAAUCAUCUUCCGAAGAAAUCGAGAGCCUGAGGACUGAACUAGAAGAAGCAGGAAAAAAAUUGACGGCAUCGGUAACUGAACUGACGUCACUGAAACUGACGUACGAAGCGGAAAAGGAAAAUAACUCGACGCUGCACACGCAGUUGGCUCGUCUGAGAGAAAAUUUGGAGGUAGAGAGAACCAGCAGCGCGACGCUGAGAGUAAACUUGGAGAAAGAACAGAAUGAAAAGGAUUCAGCGCUGCUGAGAAACGCCCAAAUGUCACAGAACUUUGAAAUCGCAAAGCAGGAGCAGAGGACGCAGGAAAUUGAGAACAUUGAGCUGCAGACUAGGAUUGAGUCUUUGGAGGAAUCACUCAGGCAGGCGAACUCGCAGAAGGAGGUCGCGAUAAAAGAUUCGGAGGAAAUGAAGACGAGAGUCAUGCAGUUGGAGGCCAUGGAGCUGGAUCGCGAGCUCAGUAAAGAAAAAGAGAACAGUUUAAAAGUCAAUUUGGCGGGAUUGGAAGAUCAAUUGAAUGAUAAAAACAAAACAAUAAAAGUACUGCAGCAAAGGUUAGCAGACAUGAAAAAAACACUUCAGCGAGAAUUACGAGUUCCGUCAUCAUCAUUUGACAAUGAUGUUGACUCGGCAGCUAUUCUCACUCCAAGUUCAUCAAAGACAGUCACUGCCAAGCAUUCAAAUUCUCAAGAAGACGAUGUUAAUUUCAAAUAUCUCAAACAUGUACUGAUUAAAUUUUUAACCAGUAGAGAAUAUGAGGCAUUACACUUAACGAGGGCCGUCGCGACAUUACUUCACUUUUCACCGGAGGAAGAAAGACUUCUUCAGGAAACACUCGAAUGGAAAAUGUCUUGGUUUGGGACCCGGCCGAAUUUGGGGUUUGGACAGACCGCGAAAGCCAUUCCCCCUAGCUGAUAAUAAAUAUAUAUUUUUAUUUAUUGAUUAUUAUAUUGUUUUAUUCUCGGCUUUUAAUCUAUCCAUCAUCACAUUCCAAUUUUAUAAUGGCUAUUUAUAUUUAUAGAUAAAUAAUUGUACAAUUAAAAAUAAACUACGAGUUUUAGUUUUAGUUUACUGUAAAAUGAAAUUAAUAUAUUGUAAAUUUUUGUUAUUAAAAUUAAUUAUUGCCAAUUCA